ACGACCACACACACAACUGAAUUUUCUAAAUACCAUCCACGUUUUAAAAAGUCAGAGUGGCGGGUAAUCAGUGGAGGGGAAGAAUGUUUCUGUCUCUUCCUACGUUGACUGUCCUUAUUCCGUUGGUCUCGUUAGCAGGGCUGUUAUACUCGGCCUCCGUGGAAGAAAGCUUCCCACAGGGCUGCACUAGCACAAGCAGCCUGUGCUUUUACAGUCUGCUCUUGCCGAUUACCAUACCCCUUUCUGUGUUCUUCCACCUUUGGACUUGGAUGGGUAUUAAACUCUUCAGGCAUAAUUAAUACAACCAGAGCCAAGACGGUAUAUCCUAAGGAUAGGCUUGAGUGUCUGCCUCUGAAAGCUCAACUACGUGGAAAUACUGGACACCCACUUAAUGUGCAAGAAAGAUGCUUUGCCUAGCUUCUGUCAGAAGUUUAGGAUUAGGGGAGGCUUAAGCUGCAGAGGCUUCUUUAUUGUACUUUGGUUCUGCCCUUGUUUUUUGAAGGUUCUUAUUUAUACCUGGGGUAUCAGGAGAAACAUUUCAACAGAGUGUCUUGUUGGAAAUUAAUAGCCCCAGCCAUCAUCUGAUGACUUUAUGCCUUAUCCCAUUCAUAAUUAAAAGUUACUAAUUUGAAAUCUUAUAUGUUUAUUUUACAUUCAGAGUCUGGUAAAGUCACAUGUUAAGGAUGACUGAAAUAAUUCCAGAGGAGCUCUGUUGGGGUAUUUGUAGAGAAAUGGAUUUGAACUAAUGUGGUAUAAAACUGUAAUAAAAUGGAAACUUCAUGUAUUUGCCAAAAUUCUGAGUUUGUAAAAUUACCUUCAUUUCUUUGGCAUCACA